AUGAAUACUAGCGAAUCGUCAUUGGAGACAAAAUGUAAGGAUGGACUUUUGAUAAAAGCGAUGUCCACCACUCCAGCGAAUACUCUUAUCUAUUUUUUGGGACUUCUUUAUUGUUUCCUGGGAAUUGCAAUCGCUGCCGAUUUAUUCAUGUGCUCAAUCGAGAAAAUAACGUCUGCUACGAGGAAGGUCAGAUUGAGACGAUCGAAAAAAAACCGCUUAGUGGCUGAAGAACUGAUGACUUCUGAACCAGAAUCUACUGAAGUUCGCGUUUGGAAUCCAACUGUAGCUAAUCUCACACUAAUGGCUCUCGGCAGUAGUGCACCUGAGAUACUCCUGUCCAUAAUCGAAAUUGCUGGUAACUCGUUCCGAAUUGGGGACCUCGGACCAGGCACAAUAGUUGGGUCAGCAGCGUUCAACCUUCUCUGUAUAAGUGCCAUCUGCGUAAUGGCCAUUCCAUCACCGAAUGUAAGCCGCAUACAGGAAAUUGCUGUUUUCGGCAUCACUUCAGUUUUCAGCUGUUUUGCCUACAUCUGGUUAUUCUUGAUCUUAGCAAUUAUAACGCCGAACGUAGUUGAUAUCUGGGAAGCAGCUGUCACACUGAGUUUGUUCGUCGUACUCGUCAUUGCCGCAUAUAUGGCGGAUAUUAAAGUGUGGAAGAAACGAAAGGCGGACCUUCAAGUAGAACUGAGUGCCGAAUUAGAUGAUCAGAAGGCAAUCGAAAAAGAAGAUGUAGAUGCCAUCUUAAAUCGUUUCUCGAAGGAAUUGGCUAUAGAGAGUGAUGCGAGGAUAACAUCGUGUGUGGUACCUGAUUUUGAAACAGUUAGAAAGAUUUCCCGCCGUAUAUCAAGGAGUUAUCCGUCACUUUCACAGGAGGAUCAAGCUCGAUUGCUUGCAUAUCGACUGAAGAGAAAUCAAAUUCGCGAUCGGCUGUGGUAUCGAAUAAAUGCUGCUCGUCACAUGGCUGCGGCACUACGCAAAACUGAUGCUGAGCGUGAGGCUGAGAAAUUGCUGGACGAAGCGAAAAAAGCAAAAGAAGAAGUUGCGCUAAUACACGUAACACCCAUCGAUAUUCGUUCCCUUUCCGAUGGACAUGAAAGAUCUAUCGAGUUGCACUCUCAUGUUGCGAAUUUCUAUUCCUUCACUGUUCCAGGAAAGCGAACAUUAGAGUUUUCGGCUCGUGUUUAUGCGGUUCGGAAAGGUGUAUCAACCGUCCGAUUAACGGUACUUCGUCGGGGUCCAAUCGAUAGAGGACUCAGCUUCCGAUACAUUACUGUAAAUGGUAUCGCAAAAAAGGACCUACAUUUUCUCGCCAAAUCUGAAACGAUGAGGUUUUUGCCAGGCGAAUCAUCCAAGCAAAUUGUCAUUAGCCUCGUUGAGAAUGCGGACUGGCGACCGAAUUAUGUUUUCUACGUUCACAUAAAACUGGAUCCAGAAAGCGAUUCGAAUGCGAAGACAGAGUUGGGGAGAACGAAUAUUGCUAGUGUUCGAAUGCCUGAUGAUUCGGGGAGUUUCAUCGGUGAGCCUAUGGUGGAAUUCGUCAGAAAUAAUUACGUGGUCAAGGAAAAUGAAGGAUUCAUUCGUGCAUUCGUAACGCGUUUGGGUCGCCAUGACGCGCAUGCAUUCUCAGUGAAAUAUGAAACACUGAGUGGAACUGCGCAAAGUAAUAUCGAUUAUGAAGCGGUUCAAGAUGGAUGUCUCACAUUUGUCGAUGAUGAAUAUGAAAAAUAUAUCGAUGUUCUUAUCUAUGAUGAUAAAAAAGAAGAAAAAGAUGAAACGUUCAAAAUCGAUUUGAUUUCUACGUCCGGCGGAGAUGUGACCAUUGGACCUAAGAAACGAACCAUAAUUACGAUUGUUUGUGACGACAAUUUGCUACAAAAUAUCGCCAACAUUCGAAAACUAAUGGGUAAUUAUCUGCAGAAAAUGGCAAUAGGCAAAGACACAUGGUUCGAUCAGAUUACUGCCGCAUCAAGCGUUAACGCUGGUGAUCUAGCAAACGCCUCUUUAUUCGACUGUAUCAUGCACGCAAUUGCAUUUCCAUGGAAGUUUAUGUUUGCCUUCGUGCCACCUCCUCAUCUGUAUGGUGGAUGGCUAUGCUUUACAGUUGCUCUUGUACUUAUCGGGAUUAUUACCGCCGUUGUUGGAGAUUUGGCUAGUAUCUUUGGCUGUAUGAUUGGACUUAAAGACUCGAUAACCGCAAUCACUUUUGUUGCUUUGGGAACAAGUCUUCCAGAUACAUUUGCCUCGAAAAUUGCUGCUCAAAAUGAACCAACGGCUGACAACGCGGUCGGUAAUGUGACUGGUUCGAAUUCGGUGAACGUUUUUCUUGGACUUGGUUUACCGUGGUUAAUUGCUGCAAUAUACUGGGCAACUAAGAACCAAACAUUCGACGUUGAUGCUGGCAGUCUUGGCUUCAGUGUGGCUAUCUUCAUGAUCACAUCGGUACUUUGUCUUGCCCUACUGAUUGUGCGCCGUUAUCUAGCCUUCUUUGGAAAGGGCGAAUUGGGCGGCCCAUUUGUGCCGAAGCUGCUAACCUCAGUUUUUCUAGUAUUUCUUUGGCUGACCUACGUUUUCUGCAAUGUUCUACAGGCAUAUGACUAUGUGAAGUUUUAA